AUGUCGAAAAAAAAAGACGCAAAAUUUUCAAAAAGUUGUAAAAGGGAAAAAUCAACAAAAUGGAAAUAUAUAUGCCAAAAAAAAAGUAUUUAUAAAAAACGUUUCAAUUCAAGAAAUAAAAUAUUGUUUGUACAAGGAGAAAAUUAUAAAUUUAAAAAUAUUCAUUUUAAAGGGAAUAAAAGAAGAAUAAUGAAUAUUAUCAAUAUUUUCCAAAUAUGUAAUUUAAAAAAGAAUAAUGAAAAUAAUAAAAAAAAUACAAAACUGUUUAAUACAUAUAAGGAUAAUAUAAAAAAUGUGUUUACACAUAAUGAUAAUAAAAUAAAUUUUGAUAAAAUAGAGAAAAAUAUUAUGUGGAAAAAAUUGUUAAUAGAUAUGAUAUGUUUUAAUAAUAAUUUAAAUGUACCCUAUAAUGAAUCUAAAUAUUAUAGUGAUUCAACAUCAGCAUCAUCCAAAAAUUUUGAUAAUCAUAUGAAUGAAAAAAAUAUUAAAAUGUAUUACAAAGGAGGGGGAAAAAAAAAAUGUAACCCAAUAAAUAAAAAAGGAAACAACUUUGAUUAUAUAAAUAAAAUAAAUUAUAGUGUAAAUAUUGAGUUACAUUCUUUAUUUACCUAUGUUCGUACUAAAUUAAAAAAAAAAAAUAAGGAUUCUUUUAAAAAUACAAAUGUGUUAAAUAAAAUGUCCUUGUAUGAUAAUGAUCUUAUUAACAAUCGUUAUAAUAAAGAACAAUAUGCAAAGUUGAACAACCAAUAUAUUCCUGAAAAUAAGGAAAAAAUAUUAAAUGAUAUAAAGACAAAGCCUAAUAUGGCUCCACCUCCUAAUAGAAGAAAAUCUAUUAUUGGUGGGGUUAGGGAAAAUAUGGACAUGUAUGAUAAUAAUUAUAAUAACGCAUAUAAUAAUAAUAAUUAUAAUGACCCAUAUAAUAAUAAUAAUUAUAAUAACGCAUAUAAUAAUAAUAAUUAUAAUAACGCAUAUAAUAAUAAUAAUUAUAAUGACCCAUAUAAUAAUAAUAAUUAUAAUGACCCAUAUAAUAAUAAUAAUUAUUAUAAUGACCCAUAUAAUAAUAAUAAUUAUAAUGACCCAUAUAAUAAUAAUAAUUAUAAUGACCCAUAUAAUAAUAAUUCAAAUGAACCAUACAAUAAUAAAUUCAGACCUAUGGUUAAGAGCGAAUCGAAUCAUAUAAAGAAUAACGUUCAAAGAGAAGCAAAUGUUCAUACAGAAGAAAGUGUAGAAAAGAAUAAAAAGAAACAAAGUAACAAUAAAGAUGAGAAUAAGGUUUCAAAAGAACAAGAACAAAUGAACAAUAACGAAAGUGAAGGUAUUGAUGAAGAUUUAUUCUCAGAUGAAUUUGAUAUGGAUGAUUAUGAUAGUGAUGGAAACAAAAAAGAAAAACCUUAUUAUACUGAUCGUUGUAUAUUAGAUAGGAGUACUAAAAGAGUAUCUAUAUUAGACAAAUUAAAUUUAGGGUUAAAAAAUAAAAGAAAUGAUAAAAAUAAAAAUGAUGAAAAUAUAUCAAAUAAGGAUAUAUUAACAAAAAAAAGUGAUGAUAAUGCUUUCAAAUUAAAAAAAUAUGAGUCUAAAAAAUAUGUUGAUGAUACAAAUGAGGAUAAUAAUACAGAUGAUGAAAGUUAUGAUAAAAAUAAGAAAAUGAAAAAUAUAAAAAAUGUUAAAGAUAUAAAAGAUAUAAGAAAUUAUCACAAAAUGAACUCUUUAAUGAGAAAUGAAAAUAAAAUGCCUCCACCAAAAAAGAUAGUCCAAGAUAAAGGUCAAACAAAAAAAGUAGAUGAAAUGAACACGUCGAAGAAAGAGGGAAUAAAAGAUAUGAAAGGAAAUGUAUAUAAUAAUAAAAAAGAUUCACGUAUGAAAAGUAAAAUGAAUUACCCACCCAAACAUGAUAUGAACAAUCCAAUGGAUUGUGAUGUAAAUAAUAAUAUGAAUUAUGAUAUAAAUAAUAAUAUGAAUUAUGAUGUAAAUAAUACUAUGAAUUAUGAUAUAAAUAAUACUAUGAAUUAUGGUAUAAAUAAUAAUAUGAAUUAUGAUAUAAACAAUCCAAUGAAUUAUAAUAUAAACAAUCCAAUGUAUUAUGAUAUAAAUAAUCCAAUGUAUUAUGAUAUAAAUAAUCCUAUAAAUUAUCAUAUGAACAAUACAAAUAUUUCCAACAUAAAUAACCCCAUUAAUUAUCAGAUGAAUAUUCCAUUGAAUUAUCAAAUGAUACCUAAUAAUAAUAUUCAUAAUAUUAAUAAUAAUAUUCAUAAUAAUAAUAAUAUUAAUAAUUCUAUAUAUUUUCAAACUAAUAAUAAAUCAAUAAAUUACAAUGGUAUUAAUAACUUUCCAUGUAAUGAUAUAAAUAAUAUAAGCUAUCCUGAACAAAAGAAUAAUAUAAAUAAUAUGCAUAUAAAUAGUUCUAAUAAAUUGAUUGAAGGAAGUUAUAAUGAUAUGAACAGAAUAAAUUCCAAUAAUAAAAAUUUAAUUUUAUAUAACAAAGGGAAUGAAAAAUAUGAUGAAGAUUUUACUUUGAAUUAUAUUCUGCAGAAAUACGAUGAUGACGAUCAAUUUUUUUGUAGCAAUAUUUAUACUCAAAUAAAUGAAGAAGACAAAAAAGAUGAAUUAAAAAAAUAUACAGAAGGAAUGAAUAGGUUAGUAGAACAAAUGUACUUUUAUGAUAAUUUUAAUGAUGAAUAUAAAGUAACUAAAGAAAAUAAAAAAGAGACAACUGAAUCGUUUGAUAUUAUAGAUACAUCAUUGAAUAUACAUGUUGUUGAUGCUAAUGAAGAUAAUAUAACAGAUGUAAACAAAGACAAUCAGGAAAUUAUUUCAAAAAUGGAAUUAAAGAUAAAAGAGUUGGAGAAAGCUAUUGAUGAAAUGAAAAAGAAGGAUAAGGUAGAUAGCAGCCAUCAUGAAAAAAAGAAAAAAACAAAAAAGAAGAAAAAAACUAAUAAUGGAAGAAGUUGUAGUUCUAGCGAUGUAUCUUCAUCUAAUAAAGAAGAAGAAGAAGAAGAAGAAGAAGAAAGUAAUACGAAACAUUCAAUGUUAAAUAAAUUGAAAAAGGAUAUUGAAGAAAUGAAAAAGAAUAUGAAAAGGGAAGAAGAAAAUAGGAGAAUAGAAAAAAGAGGAAUAAAAAAAAAAAUGAAGGAAAUGAAAGGAGAUAUAAAAAAGGAAGAAAAUGAUAAAAUAGAUGAUAAUGUAAAAAGUGUACAAGAGGAAGAAAAAAACAAAACAAAAGAAAAGAAAGAAAAUGAUGAAGAAUUAGAUAAUGAAUAUGCUUAUAAAUUUAAUAUAGAUGAUAUAAUAAAUACAGAACAAUUAAAUAAUAUAAAAAAUGGUAUAUUAGAUAAUGUAUAUUAUUAUAUAUAUGAAUCAUAUGAUCAAAGAGAUUAUGACAUUCUCGAAAAUUUAGCAAAAAAACACGAAAUAAAAGGAAGAAAAAUAUCUUAUAAUAUAAAUUUACCAAAAUAUAAUUUUAAUGCAAAAAGAACUUCAAGCGCUUGGUUUUUAAAUCCAGCUUAUGAAAAUUAUAUGCUCGAAGAAAAAAAAAAAAAGCGAAUGAGUCUUGAAGAAAAUAAAAUGAUUUCAUCUUGUAGUUUUGAACAUGUUCAAUUUUUAUUUAAUGAAAAUGAAAUGGUAGAUGGAAGUAUAAUUAAAAAUGGGGAUGACGAUAACAAAAGUGUGGGGAAGAUCUCGGAAAUUAGAGAUAGUGAAUUUUCUUAUGAGAGUUUCAUAAGUGAACAAAAAAAAAAAAUUAAAAAAAAUAAAAUCAAUCUUAUAAAAAUUAAGAAUAAUGUUGUAAGAAAUAAAAGUAAAAGUAUUAUACAAGAUCAUAAUAUAAAGGAGGAUAUAAAAGAAAAUAACAUGGUAGGACAUAAAGAGGAUGAUGACGAGAAAUAUAAGAAAUAUGAAGAUAAAGAAAAAGAUGAUAUAAAUUCAAAACAAAUUCAGAAUUCACAAAUGAGUUCUAAUAACAAUGAUAAUAUUAUUAAUAACAUUUUUGGAACCAUUAAUAAUUAUGUUCAAGAGAAUGGUGUAUUGGAUUUUUAUAAUUCAUCGAAUUUAAUAAUAAAAGAAGAGAAUGAAAAGGGAGAAAAGAAACAAAAAAAAGUCGAAAAAAUAAAUGAAGAUGAAAAUGAUAAUAAAGAUGAAAAUAUAUUAAAAGAUCAAAUUGAAAGGCAAAAAAAAGAAAAAGAAUUGUUAGAAUUAGAAAUAGAAAAUAAAAAAAAGAAAAAAGAAUUAGAAGAAUUAGAAAUAGAAAAUAAAAAAAAGAAAAAAGAAUUAGAAGAAUUAGAAUUACAACUUAUGGAAAAUAAGAAAAAACAAUUUUUAGCUAAUAAGAUAAUAGAUGAUUUACAAAAAGAUAUAAAUUGCACAAAAGAGGGAAAAAAAAAAAAAAAAAAUGAAGCUAAAGAGGAAGAGGAAACAGAAAAAAACAUAAAUGAUCAAAUGGUGAAUGAAAAAGAAAUCGAUGUAAAUUCUAAAAAUGAAAAAGAAAUUGUUCAAGUGCACAAUGAAAUAAAAAAUACAAAUAAUAUAGAAGAAGAAAAAAAAAAAGAAAAUUUAUCAAAGGAAAAAGAAAUCAAUGAUUGCUUAAACGAUUAUAUAAAUAAACAAAAGAAAAAGGAAAAAAAAAAAAAUAAUUGGGCUAUGUAUGGUAGACCUGUAGUUAA